AUGAGCUGGGCUUUAGAAGAGUGGAAAGAAGGCCUCCCUACCAGAGCGCUUCAGAAAAUUCAAGAGAUUGAAGGACAGCUUGACAAACUAAAGAAAGAAAGGCAGCAAAGGCAGUUUCAGCUUGAGUCUCUGGAAGCUGCGUUGCAGAAGCAAAAACAGAAGGUUGAAAAUGAAAAAACAGAGGGCACAAACCUGAAAAGGGAGAACCAAAGCUUAAUGGAAAUGUGUGAGAAUCUGGAGAAGAUUAAGCAAAAGAUUUCUCAUGAGCUUCAAGUGAAGGAGGCACAAGUGAAUUUCCAGGAAGGACAACUGAAUUCUAGCAAAACACAAAUGGAAAAACUGGAACAGGAACUUAAAAGGUGUAAAUCUGAGCUUGAAAGAAGCCGACAGUCUGCGCCGCCUGCAGAUGUCCCUUUGAAUCCAGGCAGCACCCCCCAGAACAUUUUCCCAACUCCACUCACACCAAGUCAGUAUUAUGGUGGUUCCAAGUAUGAAGACUUAAAAGAAAAAUAUAAUAAAGAAGUGGAAGAACGAAAAAGACUAGAAGCAGAGGUUAAAGUCUUGCAGGCUAAAAAAGCAAGCCCUGCUAUUUCCCAAAGCACCAUGAAUCACCGAGAGAUUGCUCGACAUCAAGCUUCCUCGUCAGUGUUCUCAUGGCAACACGAGAAGACGCCAAGUCGCCGUCUUUCAUCUAGUACUCGGAAAACUCCGAUUAGGAGAGAUUUCUCUGCAUCUCACUGUGUUGGGAAACAAGAGGUGACUCCAAGUAGACCGACUGUACAAGUAGGGCAAAAAGACACAAAUUGCAGCUUCUGUGAUAAUUCUAGCAAUUUUCAACUUUUGGAUCAACUAAAAUCCCAGAAUCAAGAACUAAGAAACCAAAUAAGUGAAUUGGAAGUACGUCUGCAAGGACAAGAAAAAGAAAUGAAUAGUCAAGUGAAUAAAUUUCAAGAACUCCAACUCCAACUGGAGAUGGCAAAAGUGGAAUUAACAGAGAAAGAGAAAGUUAUGAACAAAAAUAGUGAUGAACUAGUGAGAACAGCGGCACAAUAUGACCAGGCAUCUACUAAGUGUGCUGCAUUGGAACAAAAAUUGAAAAAAUUGACUGAAGAUUUGAGUUGUCAGCGACAAAAUGCGGAAAGUGCCAGAUAUUCCCUGGAACAGAAAAUGAAGGAAAGAGAAAAGGAGUUCCAACAGGAGCUAUGUUGUCAACAGCGGUCUUUUCAAACACUGGAUCAAGAGUGCACACAGAUGAAAGCCAAGCUCACUCAGGAGCUGCAACAAGCCAAGAAUGCUCACAAUAUGCUUCAGGCUGAACUGGAUAAAGUGACAUCAGUGAAGCAACAGCUAGAAAGAAAAAUUGAAGAACUUAAGCAAAAGUUCUGCAGAACUGAACAGGCUUUACAGGCAUGUCAGGUCAAAGAGGAUGAGCUGAGAAGAAGCAGUGAGGAAAUGAGGAAGGAAAGCAGCCUCCUUAAGAGUCAGUCUGAGCAGAGGGCCCGAGAAGUCUGCCACUUGGAGGAAGAACUCAAGAAGGUCAAACAGUGUUUGAAUCAGAGUCAGAAUUUUGCAGAAGAAAUGAGAGCUAAGAAUACUUCUCAGGAAUCAAUAUUAAGAGAUCUUCAAGAAAAAAAUCGGCAAGAAAAUUCCUUGACUUUAGAGAAACUGAAGCAUACCUUGGCUGAUCUGGAAAAGCAGCGAGAUUGUUCUCAAGACCUUUUGAAAAAAAGGGAACUUCACAUUGAACAACUGAGUGAAAAGUUAAGCAGAGCAGAGAAAGAUUUUCAAGCUUUAUCAAGUGCUUUUGAAUUAAAAAAGAAAGAAUGUGAAGACUUGAAAGAAGAGAAAACUCUGCUUACUCAUUGGAAAAAUGAAAGAGAACAACUUUUAAAUCAGAUAGAAUCAGAAAAGGAAACCUUGCAGAGUAAAAUGAAUCACUUGGAAACUUGCCUCAAGACUCAGCAAAUAAAAAGUCAAGAAUAUAAUGAGAGAGUAAAAACAAUGGAAAUAGAAAGAGAAAACUUAAGUGUUGAGAUCAGAAACCUUCACAAUGUGAUCGACAGCAAGAGUGUUGAACUAGAGGCACAGAAAGAAGUUUAUCUAGAACUACAACAGAAAGCUGAGUUCUCAGAUCAGAAAUACAAGAAAGAAAUAGAAAAUAUGUGUUUGAAAACUUCUCAGCUCACUGGGCAAGUUGAAGAUCUAGAACACAAGCUUCAGUUACUGUCAAGUGAUAUAAUAGACAAAGACCAGCGGUACCAAGAUUUGCAUGCUGAAUUUGAGAGCUUCAGAGAGCUCUCAAAAUCCAAAGAUCCUUCUCCACAGAUGACAGAGGAUCAUCACAAAAGCUUUUUGGCUUGUGAACAGCAGCCUGCAAUGGAAAAUAGCUUUGCAAAGAUAAUUGUAGAACAAGGCAGCAUGCCUUUUGAAAGUAACGAAUGCCAUUUAGAAGCAGACCAAAGUUCUACAGAUUCAGCCAUUUUACAUAACAAAGUUCUUUCUCUUGAGUUUUCAUUAGAGACUCAAAAGCAGAUGAACUCAGAUCUGCAGAAGCAGUGUGAAGAAUUGGUGAAAAUCAAAGGAGAAAUAGAAGAAAAUCUCAUUAAAGCAGAACAGAUACAUCAAAGUUUUGUGGUUGAGACAAAUCAACGCAUUAAUAAGUUACAAGAAGACGCUUCUGUUCAUCAGAAUGUUGUUACUGAAACUUUAGUUGUCCUUGAGAACAAGGAAAAAGAGCUGCAACUUUUGAGUGAAAAAUUAGAAAUUCAGCAAAUGGAAUAUCAGGAAUUAAAAGAGAGCAGUGGUGUUCUUGAAGACUCUCUAAAGGAACUACAACUUUUGUCUGAAACCCUGAGCUCAGAGAAGAAGGAAUUGAGCUCUGUUUAUUCUCUAAGUAAACAAGAAGUUGAAGAGCUGACCCAAGAGAAUCACAUUCUUAGGGAAAUGAAUGCAUCUUUAAAUCAAGAGAAAAUGAACUUGCUACAAAAAAGUGAGAGCUUUUCUAACUGCAUAGAUGAAAGAGACAAAAGCAUUUCAGAGUUAUCUAAUCAAUACAAGCAAGAAAAACUCAAUUUACUACAAAGAUGUGAAGAGACAGAAAGUGCACUUGAGGAUCUUAGAGAAAACUACGAAGCAGUGCAAGCGAAGAACUCUAGGUUAGAAUGCUUGCUUAGUGAAUCCACUAAUGUUUGUGAGAAUAGAAAAAAUGAGUUGGAACAGCUAAAGGAAACAUUUGCAAAGGAACACCUAGCACGCUCAACGAAAUUAGCAUUAGUAGAAGAAAGAAACCAGAACCUAAUGCUAGAGUUGGAGACUGGGAAGCAUAAUCUGAGAUCUGAGAUUACAGCCAUCCAAAACAGUUCCAAGGAUAUGAAAGAUGUCUUAAAGCAAGAAAUCACUACUUUACAGGAAGACCAGCAUAGGUUGCAAAAAGAAAUGAAUGCCUUGCUGGAAGAGAUUGAGCACCUGAAGAAGGCUGAGCCUGGUCAUCAGAAUCUAGAAUUAGAACCAAUCAGUGACUUUGUGAAAGAAAAAGAGGGCAAGAUAAAUACAUAUGAUAUUGAGCGUCGGUUGGAUCUUGACAUUGAAGGUGCAUCUCCUGACAGUUACAAUGCACGAUUAGGACAGCUAGAAGCUGUGGUAAGAACUAUGGAACUAAGACUUGAGGAGAGUGAGAAGGAGAAGGUAUGCUUGCAGCAGGAAUUACACACGAUUAGAGGAGAAUUAGAGACUGGAAGUUUUCAACAAGAUUCUCAGUUGCAAGAAAUUAGUGGUCUUACAGACUGCAAAGUAGAUACAGAAGACAAAUAUAUUUCAGUACUUCAUGAGUUGUCACCAAGUCAAAAUAACAAUGCACACCUACCGUGUUCUUUACAGACAAUAUUGACUAAGCUGAAUGAGCUAGAGAAAAUGUGUGAAAUAUUGCAGGUUGAAAAGUGUGAGCUAACAUCUGAGCUGAAUGACUCACGAUCAGAAUGUAUCACAACAACUAAGAAAAUGACAGAAGAAGUAGAGAAACUUGUCAAUAAUGUUAAAAUUUUAAACGAUGAAAAUGGUCUUCUCCAAGGUGAGUUAGUGAAACAGAUGCCAGAAAGCAAAUUUGGUGAACAACACGAACAGAAGUCUCUGCUCUCCGAGCCUUUGGAUGACAGUAAUUUCUAUGAGAGCUUGACAUUGUCAAACAAAGAAGUUCAGAUGCAUUUUGCUGAGUUACAGGAGAAAUUCUCAUCUUUACAAAGUGAACACAAAAUCUUACAUGAUCAGCAUUUUCACAUGAGCUCAAAGAUGGCAGAACUACAGUCCUAUGUUGACACUCUAAAGGCUGAAAAUUCGGUCUUGGCAAUGAAUUUGAGAAACGUUCAAGAUGACCAGGUGAAGGAGGUGUCGCUAAGACCUGAGGAGGGCCGUUUUCUGUCACUGUCAUUCUCUGGUGGGACUGAAAGCCCUAUUCUUAAAAGUUUUGGAGAAUUCUCUUUUUGCAAAGAUCCUUUGGAACAGACAGGAGAAAUGUCUCUUUUGAAUAGUUUGGAAGAGAAUGUUUCUGUGAACCAGUCUAGUGUGGAUGAAAUAUCCUGCAGUAGUCUGGAGGAGGGCAAUCAGGCUAAGAAACAAAUGUCAUCUGCCCCCAUGAGGAGUACUGAGGAACUGGAGACCCUCUGUCAGAUGUACCUGCAGUCUCUCAAGCAGCUAGAGCAGGAAGUUGAAAGUCAAGGGAUUAUGAAAAAUAAGGAAAUCCAAGAGCUUGAACAGUUACUAAGUUCUGAAAGAAAGGAGCUUGACUGUCUUAGAAAGCAGUGUUUGUCCGAUAAUGAACAAUGGCAACAGAAGCUGCAAAGUGUGACCAUGGAGAUGGAGUCUAAGUUGGCAGCAGAAAAAGAACAGACUGCACAUCUGUCACAUGAGCUAGAAGUCGCACGACUCCAGCUACAAGGUCUUGACUUAAGCUCACGGUCCUUGCUCGGCACUGACAUAGAAGAUGCUAUUCAGAGUGGAAAUGCGAGCUGUGACAUAAAAGAAUCAGAGGAAUAUACUCCAAAAACUAAAGGAAGAAUUGCAAAGAGUGACAUUCAUCAGAUUUGUGAAAAAGAUAUUCAGCAAGACCUCCAUCUCGAGACUGAUGCAAUCAAACAAACAGGGGAGCAUUCCUCAGGAACUGACUGGGAGACUCCAGUGGACGAUAGAACUCAGGGCUGUUCAGAACGCAUUUCUGAAUUGUCUCUCUCUGAUCCUAGUGCUUUGGUAUCUAUGGAUUUUCUGGAGAAUCAAUUAACUAUUCAGAAUCUUCAAUUGCAGGUAAAAGAAGCUUCAGAUGAGAACCUCAAAUUACUUCAUAUCAUAGAGGAACGUGACAAAAAACUGGAAGUUUUGCUAAAUGAAGUGAAAGAGUUAGAUUCAAAAGUAUGUGUACAGAGAGUGCAACUAAAUACUAAGAUUGAAGCAUGCAUUGAAUUAGAAAAAUCUGUUGAGGAACUUCGGAAAGAAAAGUCAGAUUUACAUGAAAAAUUCGAAUUCUUCUGUCAUGAUAACCCAGAGUUAUUUCAGAAAGCAAAAACUUUGGAAGAAUUCAAUUCUAAUUUAGAAAUGACAGAUAAAUUGUCAAAUGAAAUUAUUGCAGAUAAUGUACACAUGGCGAAUGACAACUGGAAACAGAAAUUUCUUAAUGCAGAAAAUGAACUGGAGAGAAUCAAAUCUGAGAACGCUAGCAUGGAGCAUCAGACCUUAUCUAUGAAAUCGAACUUAGAGACAUUUCAGACAGAGAAGUUGCAUUUAGAAAAAGACAAUGAAAAUAAGCUAAAAGUUAUAACCUGUCUUGAAAAAGAGCUUUCUGUGGUUACAACUGAGCGAAAUGGACUUCAUGGUGAAUUAGAUACUGUGUCAAGAGAAAACAAAGAACUGAGACAGAUGUGUGAAAAGAUGAAGGAAAAAAUACAAGAACUUGAGUCUCAUCAUGGUGAAUGUCUGAAUCACGUUCAAGUUGUGGAGUCUGAAGUACAAGAGAAGACAGCACUACUUCAAACUUUGUCCAGUGAUGCAAACAAGCUGUUAAAGGAGCAGGGUGAUCUCCAAGCACAGUUGCAGAGUCUGGAAAAUGAUUUACAGGCACUGUCUUUGGUAAAAGGUGAGCUGGAAAACCAAAUCGGGCAGUUGAAUAAAGAGAAAGAAUUGCUUGUGACGAACUUAGAAAACUUGCAGAACAAGCUAAGUGAAUCAGAAGACCAAAAGGUCGUGCACUCGAAGGCCUUGGAGGCUGCAUUAAUGGAGAAAAGUGAGAUUAUGAUGAGACUGAGCUCAACACAAGAUGAAGUGCACCAGCUGAGAAAUGGCAUUGAGAAACUGAAAGUCCGCAUUGAGGACGAUGAGAAGAAGCAGCUCCACAUCUUAGAAAAACUGAAACAAAGUGAACGUCAUUCAGAUUCGUUAAAGGAUAAAGUUGAGAAUCUUAAAAGGGAGUUGCAAAUGUCAGAAGAAAAUCAAGAGCUUGUCAUUCUUGAUGCUGAGAAUUCCAAACUUGUCAUUCUUGAUGCUGAGAAUUCCAAAGCUGAAGUAGAGACUCUCAAAAAAAAAAUGGAAGGACUGGACCAAACCCUGAGAGAUUUGGAAUUAGGUCUUAACAGUAUAAGGUCAGAAAAAGAAAAUCUUUCAAGAGAGUUACAAAUCAAGCAAGAUCGUAUAUCUCAAUUAGAAAUACUGAAUUCUUCAUUUGAAAAUCAACUGCAAGAAAAAGAACAAGAAAAAGUACAGGUCAAAGAAGAAUCUAAAAUUGCAUUGGAGUCGCUUCAGACACAAUUAAAAGAGCUAAAUGAGAAAGUAGCAUCUAUGCAUAUUGACCAAGAGACAUGUAAGGCCAAAGAACAGAAUCUGAACAGCCAAGUAGAUUCCCUUCAACAUGAGAAAACUCAAUUGUUACAAGGCCUUGAAGAGGCCAAAACUAGGUACAUUAGUUUGCAGUCUUCUGUGGAUGGCCUCGUUCAAGAAGUAGAAGAUGGCAAACGGACACUGGAGAAGCAGAAUGAAGAAAUCAGUAAACUAACAAAUCAGAUUCAAAACCAAGAACAGCUUUCCUCUAGAUUGUCCCAAGUGGAAGGAGAGCAGCAACUUUGGGAGAAGCAAAAAGCAGAACUGGGAAAUCUGACAGUGGAAUUGGAGCAGAAGAUCCAAGAGCUGCAGUCCGACAAUGGAACUCUACAGGACUCUUUUGAAGGGCUGCAGAAUUCUUACAAGGAUCUCCAGAAGGAGCUGGAGUUGACAAAAAUGGAAAAGAUGUCCUUAAUUGAAAAGGUAAACACAAUGACUGUGAAGGAAAUGGAGCUGCAGAGGGAAAUGCAUGAGAUGGUGCAGAAAACAGCAGAAUCGAAACAAGAAUUUGAUGGCGAAAAAAAUAGGCUCACCGAAGAGUUAAAAUUAAUGUUGGAAGAAACAGAGAGCAGCAAAGUCCAAUUGAAGGAGCUCCUGCUAGAAAAUAGUGAAUUGAAGAAGAAUUUGGACUGUGUACACAAAGAACAGACUGAAAAGGAGGGGAAAAUGAGAGACGAAAUAGCCGAGUAUCAGCUGAGGUUUCAGGAAGCUGAAAAGAAACACCAGACUUUGCUUCUGGAUACAAACAGACAGUAUGAAAUAGAAAUCCAGACUUUCCGAGAGAAAUUGACGUCCAAAGAAGAGUGUCUCAGCUCACAAAAGUUGGAAAUGGACUUCCUGAAAUCCAGUAAAGAGGAACUCAGUAAUUCUUUAAAAGCUACCAAUCAGAUUUUAGAAGAAUUAAAUAAAACCAAGAUGGACAAUCUAAAAUCUCUAAAUCAGUUAAAGAAGGAAAAUGAACAUAUGCAGGGGAAAGUAAAGUUGUUGAUCAAGUCCUGUAAACAGCUGGAGGGGGAAAAGGAAUUGUUGCAGAAAGAGCUUUCUCUUCUUGAAGUCACUCAGGAAAAGCAGAAAAUAGGUGCUGUUGUGGAUGCUAAUGUAGAUGAAUUAAUGACUGAGAUCAGAGAACUCAAGGAAGCUCUUGAAGGUAAAACCAAUGAGGCAGAUGAAUACUUGGAUAAGUACUGUUCCCUGCUUAUAAGCCAUGAGAAUUUAGAGAAAGCUAAGGAUAUGUUAGAAACACAAGUUGCUCGUCUGAGUUCUCAACAAUCUAAACGGAAUCUCCGAAGUUCUCCUUUGCCAGCUUCAAUUGUUCCAGAAUCAUCUCCAGCUCCUUCUCUUAAUGAAAGACAGUUAUCAGCUGGCCAAAAGAAGGCUUUAGGCAAGAGACAGAGAUCCAGUGGAAUUCAGGAGAAUGGUGGAGGAUCAACUCCUUCCACACCAGAGACUUUUUCUAAAAAGAGCAGGAAAGCAGCCAGAAAUGGUGCUCAGUGUGCAGAGAACACAGAAGAUACCAUGUUUGAGCCAGAGGGGCUUCCGGAAGUUGUAAAGAAAGGUUUUGCUGAUAUCCCAACAGGAAAGACAAGUCCGUAUAUUCUGCGGAGAACAACCAUGGCCACCAGGACCAGCCCACGCCUUGCUGCACAGAAAUUAGCACCAUCCCCUUUGAGGCCCCACAAAGAAAAUCUUGGUGAAGCCUCCAAACCAACAGCUGGUGGCAGCAAAUCACAAAAGGCCAAGGAUGCUCAACAGAGCCCAGCUAACUCGGGUGCUGCUAUCCGGGAACCCAGCUCAAGAUCUCUUUCCGUCAGAAACCUUCCUGAGAGGCGGUCGGCUGACAGCCCCAGAGAGGGUCUGAGGGCCAAGCGAGGCCAUUUUGUCCCCAGCCCAGAGGCCGGACCUGACCUCAAGAGCAGUGAGAAUUGUCGAGUCCAGUAG